AUGAUAAUAACAAUUAAAUUCGAGUCGAAGGAAAAAUUGGUCUCCAUGAAACAAUAUAUAACAGUAGUUGGAGUGUCCGUUAAUCAAGAGGGCACCUUUUCUUGGCGUCCUGGGACUUUUUAUAUGAAAAUUCAUGAAGAAAGUGCGGCGGGCCCCUUUGCGAAGGGGGCCGAAAUAUCGGAUCUUAGUAAUAGUUCUGCUAUUGGAUGUGGUAUUAGCAUAAAUCAAGAGGGAGGCGAUGGUUCUAUUAGGGUAAAAGAGAGCAGCUUGAGGAAGAAACAGGAAAGGAUGAGUACAAAAUAUCCGACAACGAUGAGUUGCCGAGAGGCAUUUGAUCAACUGACGAGUUGCUAUUCGAUUGGAGGGCAAUUUAGAAGCUAUUACAGAUAUGGAGAUUUUACAUCAUGUGACAAGCAGGUGUCCAAAUUCAAGUUUUGUAUUAUCCACGGCAAUGACCCUGUGAAAGUGCAGGAAUGGUAUAAAGAUCAGGUUUCCAACAAUAAGGCAUUGGAAAAUACCAGUGGGGUUAUAUGGCAGGAGAGGGAGACCACUGCAAAUAAGUGA